CCCAUAACCCUCGGCAUCGAGGGCGACAAGCUCUCACGCCCACUCCCCAUCACCAUGUUCGACGCACACGCGGAGCAGCCGCUCCUCCGCCCCUUCGUGACGGCCGACGACGCGCUCGUGAUCGCACGCGCCUCCUACUCUCUCGAAGGCAGCGUGAAGGAGCUAGGCAGCAACCAAGACCGGAACUUUCUCCUGACCACCAGCGGACCCCGCUACCUGCUCAAGUUCGACAACGACGCGUUCUCGACCGCGGAGCUGGAGGCGCAGAACGACGCGCUCCUCCACCUCUCCGCUGCGGGCAUCAGCGUGCCGACGCCGCUCCGCGACGGCAGCGGCGCAUGGAUCAGCCGCGCGACCACGCUCGACGGGCGCACAGUGCGUGCCCGCCUCCUUUCGUUUGUCGAGGGCGAAUCCCUCGUCUCUGACGGGCACCUCUUCCCCUCGAUCAUCUCGCGGCUCGGCACGCUCGCCGGCCGCGUCGCAGCCACGCUGGCACCGAUGCCCCGCCUCGAGCGGGACCUGCAAUGGGAUAUGCGGAACGCCAUGGCCGUGAUCGAAGCGUAUGCGCCGAGCAUACGCGACGAGUCCCGCCGCGCCGCGGUGCUCGCGAAGGCGCGCGAAGCGUGGCCCCUCGUCACGGCCCACGACCUCCCCGUGCAGAUGAUCCACGGGGACAUCACGGACGACAACGUCGUGGGGCUACGCGAUGCGCUCGGCCGCGUCCGCCCCGACACCGUCAUCGACUGGGGCGACCUCGGCGCCGGGUGGCGCGUCGCAGAGCUCGCCGUCACACUCUCCUGCAUCAUGCACCAUAACCGUGCGCGGCCACUCGACGCCAUGCCCGCCGUCGCGGCGUUUGAUGCGCAAGUGCGCCUCACUGAUGCCGAGCUCGCCGCGCUUUGGCCCCUCGUCGUGCUCCGUGGCGCUGUUGUCGUCGCGAGCGGCGCGCACCAGCUCGCCCUCGAGCCGGACAAUGCCUACGUCGCGGAGAGAAUGGAGCACGAGUGGCACAUCUUCGACACGGCGGCACAGCUCCCCUUCGGCCUCGCGACCGCUGCGGUGCGCGCGGCGACGGGGAGACCGGACGACGCGGUGCCCACACCCAGAGCGCGAGUGCUGAGUCCGGACGUGAAGGCCAAAUACGUCCCUCUCGACAGCACCUCGCCGCUCUUGCACCGCGGCGUUUUCUUGGACCGGGACGCGGAGGAGCGGAUCGCAGCUGAAGCCGCACGCACAGGCGUGGCGCCGGUCUUUGCCUAUGGCGAGCCGCGCUUGACGCGCACCACCACACCGGGGCCUAAUGCGCCGGCAACUACGCCGCUAGUCCUCUCCGUGCACGUUCCGUCGGGAACACAACUACGCGCGCCGUUCUCAGGCCAGUUGAAGGCCAGUGCUGGUGAAAUAAGCCUCAUCGGCGCAUUUGGAAGGAUCAUCUUCCGCGGGGUCUCGGGCACGAGCGGCGCCAUUGCCGCUGACAAGGUGUUCAGCACCGCGGACGGCGAAGUAACGGUACAGUGGCUGCGGCCCGGGACGGCCUCUGCGCCGCAGUUUGUCGACGCGGCAUUCCUUCCUGCCUGGAAGCGGAUGACGUUCGACCCCGCUGCACUGCUGGGCCUCCCUCCUGCCGACUGGCUGCCUGACGUUGUCUCGGAGCGCGCACGGCGCGAGGGUGUGACGGCCAGCGCGGCGGAGCGGUACUACGAGCUGCCGCCGGGCAUUGAGCGCGGGUGGCGCGAGGUACUCUACGACACGGCGGGUCGCGGAUACCUCGACAUGGUGAACAACGUCGCGAGUGUGGGGCACGGGCACCCGCGGCUGGCCGACGCGGUUGCGGCACAGCUGCUCACAUUGAACACGAACAACCGGUUCCUGUACGCGUCGCUUGCGGCGUACGUCGAGCGCCUGCGCGCCCUCGCACCAGACACGAGCCUCAGCGCCGUCCUCCUCGUCAAUAGCGGAAGCGAGGCCGUCGAGCUCGCGCUCAAGCUCGCACACGCGCAUACCGGGCGACGCGACGUUGUCGCCCUCCGCGAAGCCUACCAUGGCUGGACGGCCGCGGCCGACGCCGUGAGCACGAGCGCCUAUGACAAUCCCAGCGCGCUGGGCAGCCGGCCCGCACACGUACACAUAGCUGAGGCCGUCAACCCGUACCGCGAUGCGCGUUCGGGGGUGGCGUACGCGGCGGGCGUCGAGGCCCUCCUCGAAACUCUCGAUGCGGCGGGCACGCCCGCUGGCGCUUUCAUCGCCGAGCCGGUGUUCGGGAACGGCGGCGGCGUCCUGUAUCCGGCCGGCUACCUUGCACGCGUGUAUGAGGCGGUGCGUGCGCGCGGCGGGCUGUGCAUCGCCGACGAGGUACAGGUGGGCCUGGGCCGACUAGGCCACCACGCAUGGGGCGUGCACGAGCAAGGCGUGGUGCCUGACAUUGUGGCGGUCGCGAAGGCGCUGGGAAACGCGUAUCCCCUCGGAGCGGUGUUCACGACGCCAGCGAUUGCAGCGAGCCUAGCGCGCGAGGGCAUGUUCUUCUCGUCAGCGGGCGGUGCAACGGCGAGCGCUGUGGCCGGCCUCGCUGUGCUCGACAUCAUGCGCCACGAGGGCCUGCAGGCCAACGCGGCGGAUGUGGGCGACCUGCUCGCCGCGCGGUUCGGCGAGCUCAUGCGCCGCCACGACGUUGUUGGCUGCGUGCAUGGCAUGGGGCUAUACCAGGGGAUCGAGCUUGUGCGCGAUCGCACGAGCAAGGCACCCGCGGCGGCUGAGGCCAUGUGGGUGUGCGAGCGCAUGCUCGACUACGGCGUCAUCAUUCAGCCUACGAGCGAGCGCCAGAACGUGCUCAAGAUCAAGCCGCCGCUGACACUGACGCGCGAGCAUGCCGAGGUGUUCGUGCGCGCCCUUGACGCUGUGUUGGGUGAGCUGGAGGCGCGGAUGCGCGCAGAUGAGUAGAGAUUAGAGGUGAAUGCAGUGACGCGUGCUGUCAGCAUGGUACGGG